AUGGGAAUCAAUACCGCUGGCUUCUUGAUUGAACAGACAGACGAGUCCGCAGACUGGAAGUGCCAGGUGCCAAAACAGGAUUUAAAAUGCUUGGAAGCGGGAGGCGGCGGGGGCGGCACGGCGGCACCUACCCGGCCCUGCCCAGCUGCCCAGCCGAGCCCUCCCAUCCCAGCCCGGCCGCCCCGUCCCGCCCCGGUGCCCGUGCGCCCGGGUCGGGGUUUAAAGCCGGCGCGGGGCGACUCUGGCGGCGUCGGUGCCGGCGCCUCUGCCCUCACCUUACGUCCCGUCCCGUCCCGUCCCAUCCCAUCCCAUCCCGCCGCCAUGCCGCUCGCCGCCCUUCUCCUCGGCGCCUUCCUGCUCUGCGGCCCCGUGCGCGGGAGCGACGGCUCGGUUUCCACUGCUAUCACAUGCUUUACAAGAGGACUUGACCUUAGAAAGGAGACAGAAGAAGUCCUUUGCCCAGCAAACUGUCCUCUGUGGCAAUUCUAUGUCUUUGGAGAUGGAGUUUAUGCCUCCCUUUCCAGUGUCUGCGGAGCUGCCAUACACAGAGGGGUGAUCACCAACGCAGGAGGAUCUGUAAAGGUACAGACUCUCCCAGGACAGGAAAACUACCCUGCUGUAAAUGCCAACGGGAUCCAGUCUCAGGUGCUCACUAGAUGGACUUCGUCUUUCUCAGUGACUCCUACCAAGAAUGUAGCACUUGAAGCAGUGGGACGAUCAGUAUCAACAGCACGUCCUUCUACAGGCAAAAGACCUAAGAAGCCCCUUGACAAAAAGGCUGGGAACAAAGACUGUAAAGCUGAUAUUGCAUUUCUCGUUGACGGAAGUUACAACAUUGGCCAACGUAGAUUUAAUCUGCAGAAAAACUUUGUUGGAAAAGUAGCAGUGAUGUUGGGAAUUGGAACAGAAGGGCCUCACAUUGGAGUCGUACAAGCCAGUGAACAUCCAAAAAUUGAAUUCUAUCUGAAAAACUUCACUUCUGCAAAAGAGGUUUUGUUUGCCAUAAAGGAAUUAGGGUUCAGAGGAGGCAAUUCUAAUACAGGGAAAGCUUUGAAACACACAGCUCAGAAAUUCUUCUCUUUGGAAAAUGGAGCACGCAAAGGAAUACCCAAAAUCAUUGUAGUGUUUCUAGACGGCUGGCCCUCAGAUGAUAUAGAAGAAGCUGGUAUAGUGGCCAGAGAAUUUGGAGUCAACGUAUUCAUUGUAUCUGUAGCAAAACCUACAACGGAGGAGCUGGGAAUGGUACAAGACAUUGCUUUUGUUGACAAAGCUGUCUGUCGAAAUAAUGGCUUCUUCUCUUACAACAUGCCCAGCUGGUUUGGUACCACCAAAUAUGUAAAACCUCUUGUCCAAAAGCUGUGUUCACAUGAGCAAAUGUUGUGUAGCAAGACAUGCUACAACUCUGUCAACAUAGCCUUCUUGGUAGAUGGCUCUAGCAGUGUUGGAGACAGCAACUUCCGCCUCGUGCUUGAAUUCAUCAGCAACGUUGCGAAGGCUUUCGAGAUCUCUGAUAUUGGUUCCAAAAUUGCCACUGUGCAGUUCACAUAUGAUCAGCGUACUGAGUUCAGCUUCACAGACUAUACCACAAAAGAAAAGGUCCUCUCCGCUAUCCAGAACAUUCGCUACAUGAGUGGUGGCACUGCGACUGGUGAUGCCAUUUCUUUCACAACCAGAAACGUAUUUGGGCCAGUGAAGGAUGGGCCUAACAAAAAUUUCCUUGUUAUUUUGACUGAUGGUCAGUCUUACGAUGAUGUUAGAGGACCUGCUGCUGCUGCACAAAAAGCAGGAAUAACAGUCUUCUCUGUUGGCGUUGCCUGGGCACCUCUGGAUGAUCUGAAAGACAUGGCUUCUGAACCAAGAGAUUCUCACACUUUCUUCACCAGGGAGUUCACUGGACUGGAGCAGAUGAUUCCUGAUAUUAUUCGAGGAAUCUGUAAAGAUUUUCUGGACUCUAAACAAUAAAGCAAAAAUCUGCUGUUGGAUAUUA